AGUGAAGAGAUGAAAAAUAUUCUUCCGCUUAAAUGAUUGUCUCACUAAGCUCCCACUAUUCAGUCUGGUAGUGACACUCUAUCAGUCUAAACCGGAACUAUAAUUGACUCAAAUUUGAAUCAGAAAAUCUAAAUAGCGAUUGUGGCACUCACACCUCCUUUAGACUUGCCGAAGUUCAGAAUGUUUUUAAGGGUUUUUGUGUUUCUCCUAACGAUAAAUUUCUUAUCGUCAACAGAAAUGAAGGAAUUAACAUUAAAUACAGGAUAUAAAAUUCCUCUAAUUGGAUUGGGAACAUAUUUAAUUCGAGGAACAGAAAUGACAAAUCGAGUGAUAGACGAAGCUUUAGAAGCCGGUUAUCGUCUUUUUGAUACUGCACAGAAUUACAACAAUCAACAUUUCCUUGGAAAAGCUUUCAAAGAACUUUUACCGAAACAUAAUCUUACAAGAAAUGACAUUUUCAUCACUACAAAAUUUGAGCCUUCAACCAUUUAUAAAACAGAAAAAGAUUAUGAAGAUUUAGUUCGUGAAGCUCUGAGAAAUCUUCAGACAGACUACGUCGAUCUUUUCCUCUUACAUUGGCCUGGUGUUAGUGGUUUACCCAACAAUUCCACAGAUGUUUUGAAAUAUCGUCACGAAGCUUGGAAAGCUUUGUCAAAGUUUAAGAAAGAAGGAUUAAUUCGAUCCAUUGGUGUUUCCAAUUUCAUGGUGAAACAUCUGGAAGAUCUUAAGAAGGAGUGUGAAAUUCCACCAGUAUUGAAUCAAGUUGAAUGGCAUCCCAGAUGUUAUAAUAACACGCUUUAUGAUUAUUGCAAGGAGAACAAUAUCGUUCUUCAAGCAUACUCUUCACUUGGAACAUCAUCAAGCACAUCACUGCGCAAAGACCCAACUGUUAUGAAGAUUGCUGAAAGAAUUGGGAAAUCUCCAGUUCAAGUUCUCCUUCGAUGGGCUACUCAAAACGGCGUUCCUGUCAUACCCAAAGCAAGUUCCAAAAAUCAUCUUGUUGAGAACAUGAACCUUGAUUUUACAAUUCCUGAGUCCGACAUGGGAAUUUUGAAUAAUUUCACCCAAAAUAUGCGUUUCGACUGGGAUCCUAAUAAUUCAAUUGAUAAAACUAAUGGCCUUUCAGAUAACAUUUUAAUCAUAGCUUCAGAUUUUGUGACGAACUCAUUGGCGUUACCGAAUGGAGCUCCAGAAUCAGCAUGUGCCACAAUGACGCCACAACAUGGAGUAGAACCUCAAACAUCAGAAAGCCCUUUUCGUAUUGUUGUUCCUAAAUCAAACAUAAAUGGGGGAGAAAUUAUUGAUGUCACUAUAGAAGUCGAUCCAGGAAGAACCUUCAAAGGAUUUUUUAUUAAUGCAAAGACAAUCGAAGAUGAACCGAGAGUUGUCGGAGAAUUUUUGGGAAAUGAUCAAGAAGCGAUUUCAUAUAAUUUCAGGAACUGUGGGGGAACUAGCAAUACGGCAACACACAGCGAAAACGAAUUGAAAUCGGGAAUUACAUUGAAAUGGAAAGCACCUGAAAAUUAUCAAGGCUCGAUAAGAUUUCAUGCUACAUUUGUACAAGAACGUGUCACAUUUUGGAUUAAUCAACUGUCACAAGAAAUUGUCGUUACACCUCUUGACAAUGCAGGCAAUAACAUUUAUCAAGAGUGUUUGAGAACAAAAUCAUGUUUUGGAUUACCGCCAGGUUGUCUUGAACAAGAAAAUUGCUCUUCAUUUGGUGCAGUAAUUGUCAGAGAUGGAACUUACACAUUUGAAAUGCAAUCAUCAAGUGGAGCGGGAUAUAUCGCAAUGGCCUUAUCAUUUGACAAGUUUAUGGGCGAUGAUUCAGCAAUUGAGUGUGCGAUUGAAAGUGGAGUAAUAAAAGCAUAUGCUUCAUUAACAAGAGCUAUACCUCAAGAUUAUGGUGCUAGACGAAGUAUUGUUAAUCAAUCAGCCAUAAAUUUAAUAACAUCAAGACUGGAAGAUGGCAAAAUUUAUUGUCGUGUUCAGCGAGAUAUAAGAUUAGAAAUUGAUGGAACUGUCUUCUCUAUGGCUGAACAACAUUUUCUGUUAAUGUCAAGUGGAUCAACAGCAUCACCACUUUCCAUCGGCUUUCAUGAUAUUAAUUACGCUUCAUCAACUAAAUCUCUUUUAUUUACUGAAGAUCCGGUAGAAAUAACGUCAAUUGCAAGGAAAGCUUUAUUAGUACUUCAUGGAAGUUUCAUGAUUGCAGCAUGGAUUGGUUUGACUGCAUUUGGAAUUUUCUCAGCAAGAUUUAUGAAGAAACUGUGGACAGGAAAGCAAAUUUUCGGCAAAGAUGUUUGGUUUGUCAUUCAUUCAUCUUCAAUGGCGUUGACUUGGAUUCUCACAAUCAUCGCUAUCAUUCUCAUAUGGAUCGAUGUUGGUGAAUUUAAGUUUUCAACGCAUUCAUUGCUUGGGAUAAUUGCAGCUUCAUUGUGCUUUAUCCAACCCAUAUCAGCGUUCUUUAGACCAGCACCAGAUGAUAAAGCUCGUCCCAUUUUCAAUUUCAUGCAUGGAUCUGUAGGAAAGUUAGCUCAAUUACUAGCUGUUAUUACGAUUUUCUUCGCUACCCAAAUGGAUCGAGCUAAUCUACCAGAUUGGACGAAAUAUGUUCUUAUAUCAUACGUUGUAGCUUAUCUAAUCUUUUACGCUAUGCUCAAUAACUUAGCAAUUGUGAGUGAUAUUAAAGCACAUCAGAAUUCUUUGAAAGGAGCUGAAAGACCACAAAGCAGCACACCACCGCUUGCAUUUCCUCGGAGAAUUAUUUUCAUCCUUUUCUCAAUCGCUAUGCUUGGCUUUGUCAUAACUUUAAUAAAUAUUUUUGCUUUGAAUGUAUAAUUAUCAACAUUCGACAGAAAUCCUGAAAGCUAAUUCAAGUUCAAUUGAAAUUUGUCAAGGUUUAUGAAGUGUGUGACUCAGCAACUAAAAAUAUAAUCAACUUGUUGUAUUCUUAUCAAUGAAUUGUUGAAACAGGUGAUAUUAGUAAAUUAAAAUUAAAGUCGAUUAAUGCUUUUACAAAAUUAUAGUCAUGGUGUCUCGACAUUCGCUGUUGCUUCUUAUUUUUUAUGUGAAAUGAAAUGAAAGUAAUAAAAAAUAAAAACAA